AUGUCAGAUAAAAUUUCUAAGUAUGAUUUAAAACGAACAACAGCGUUUAACCGUUUAAAAGAAACUUAUGACAUUGGUGUUGCAAUAUCUAGUGACAACUCUCAAAAAUCGAUAUUUUUAGCUAGAGUAGAGACUAUUGACAAGGUGUAUGAAGAUUUUAUGACUUAUCACAAUCAAAUUAUUUCUCUCAUAUCAGACGAAGAUUUUAAAAAAUAUGAUGCUUUACGUAUAUCAGCUGACAACGCAUUCUACGGAUCUAAAGCUAUAAAAUAUCAAAUUGUAGGUGACAAUUCUUUGACAAAUAAUUCGACCAAUGUUUCCACUCCUAAAAUUACUGCAAAAUUACCGAAAAUUACUCUUCCUAUAUUUGAAGGCGAUUUCAAAAGUCCUAUUGACCUUUUAAUUGGUGCUGAAUUGGUACCUCAUAUUCUACGUUCGGGACGGGUUUUAGGUGAACCGGGUCAACCUGUUGCUUUAGAAACAAUUUUCGGAUAUAUUCUUCAAGGUAUGGCAGUUUCUGACCAUGUACCGUUACAUAAUUCAACUUUGCUAAGCUGCCAUACUUCUAUUGAAAGUAACUUAGAUAUUCAGCUUCAAAAAUUUUGGGAAGUUGAGGAAAUUCCUAAAAUUUCUAGCCUGUCUACUGAGGAUGUCCAGUGUGAGGAAAUUUAUAGAUCGCUAACUUAUAGAGAUCAGUCUGGCAGAUUCUGUGUACCUCUUCCGUUUAAAAUACCGAAUCCAUUCUUCCGUAAUACAUGUUAUCAAGCUCGUCGACUAUUUACAUCACUAGAGUUCCGGCUUGCUAAAAAUCCAGAGCUUCGUAAAGCUUACUGUGAGUUUAUGCAGGAUUAUCUCAACAAUGGACAUAUGGUAUUGAUCCCUCCGGAAGACUAUAACUCUCCUACAGCUUACUACAUACCUCAUCAUUCUGUUAUAAAAAAUGAGAUAUCUGGACCUAAGCUUAGGGUGGUUUUUAAUGCUAGUUUUCGAGACACGAAUGGAACAUCUCUCAAUGAUUCUUUAUUUAUAGGACCUAAGUUACAACAGGAUAUUGCUUCUAUUCUUUUAACUUUUAGAUUUCAUCUAUAUGUUUUUAUUUGUGACAUUAAGCAAAUGUAUAGACAAAUUCUUAUUCAACCACAAUUUCAAAACUUUCAAAGAAUCAUAUGGCGUUUUUCUUCAGAUGAACCAAUUCAAGAAUACAAACUGCUCACAGUGACAUACGGGGUAUCGUCUGCUCCAUAUUUAGCUCUUCGAACACUGCAAGAACUUGCUAAUCAGGGAGAGUCUCAUUUUCCUUUAGCUGCAAAGGCAAUAAAGAAAAAUAUUUAUAUAGAUGACGCAAUUUGUGGUGCAAAUGAUCUAAAAUCUGCUCUAAGUUUGCAACACGAACUUGUUGAUCUUAUGCGUACUGGGGGGUUCGAAUUGAGAAAAUGGGCAAGUAAUCAACCUGAUUUGUUAAGCCAUAUUCCUCCUUCUGAUGUACAAAUGUCUUGUAGCUUUGACAAAGAAGAACCUUCGUUCAUUAAAGUUUUAGGUCUAAAAUGGUGUCCAAAAUCUGAUGAGUUUACUUAUUCUUUUAAUCCAGUUGAUCGCCAAUGUACUAAACGGAAUAUACUUUCCGAAAUUAGUAGAAUAUAUGACCCUAUUGGUUUUAUUUCCCCAGUUAUUCUAUUAGCAAAAUGUCUUCUACAAAAACUCUGGGAAUCUAAUAUAUCUUGGGAUGAAACUCCUUCUACAGAAAUAUUGCAGGUCUGGAAUAGGUAUAAAUCCGAACUAUCUCAACUAGCUGGAAUUAGAAUACCUCGACGUGUUAUUUCUGAUAAUAUUUUCUUGUAUGGAACUGCACGGUUUUCUGUGAUGCUUUCCCAAACUGGUUACGCAGCGUCAUAUAUUUUCGGACUAUCAAUGAUAGUGGUCAAGUCAGUACCUUUUUGGUCACUGCUAAGUGUAAAGUGGCUCCAUUAA